CCCACUUCUUCUUCAUCCACCCCAGAACCCUCUCUCUGUAACUCAAUUUUCUUUCUCUCUCCUCUCUUUCACGGGAAAUACCCAAUCUCAAAAUCGAACACAGACUCCAACUUGAAUUUCCUACAUAUCACCUGUUCGAACAUCAAAAGUCGAUUUUUUAGUACAAUUUUCCUUUCUUUUCCUCUAUUUUUCUCGAGAAAAUCCCCAAUGGCUGCUGCACUAAGAUCAAAAUCAAGGAGAGAGGCAGCGUCUUUCACAGUUUACCAGUUCAGAUACUUCAUACUCAAUCAUAUGCCCGCCGGUCGUAUGGGAAGUUUUCGCUGGAGUUCCAGGACCAAAUGGGACGAUGUCUUCUCAAAACCGCCCCACAAUUUUGUCUCAUUCAAACCCGUCUCGCUUCAGGGCGAAUUCAUCGAUAAGAAUUAUGGGUAUCCCAAUAACCGCAAGUUUUUGCAUGGCUCUGAUUACAGGAAUAAGAGGAUAAUUGAGGUUUCGAGCUCUUAUGGGGACCCACCUGAAAUUUGGCAGCCGCCUGGGGACGGAAUUGUAGUUCGGCCGGGUAUGAAGUUCGUUCAAGUACGCAAUGGGAACGAGCCUGGCUCUGGUUCGGGAGGUGGGUUCGGCUCGAAUUCGAGUGAUGGGUGUUGGGGAGGAUCCAAUUUGGGGAACAAAUUUCCUACUCCAAAGGAGAUCUGCAAGGGGCUUGACAAGUUUGUAAUUGGCCAGGAGAGAGCUAAAAAGGUGCUGUCGGUAUCAGUUUAUAAUCAUUAUAAGAGGAUAUUUGAUGACUCUUCAGAGAAGGGGCCUGCAGGAAAUUCAGCCAAUGACAAAGCUUACUCCACAGAUAUUGAUUCAGUUGAACUCGAGAAAAGUAAUAUUCUUCUGAUGGGGCCAACAGGUUCAGGGAAGACAUUACUUGCCAAAACUUUGGCACGGUUGGUGAAUGUUCCAUUUGUAAUUGCUGAUGCCACUACACUGACUCAGGCGGGAUAUGUGGGGGAGGAUGUGGAAUCCAUAUUGUACAAGCUCCUUACGGCUGAGAGCCUUAAUAUUAGUCGAGAUGUGUCAGGGGAGGGUGUCCAGCAGGCAUUACUGAAAAUGCUGGAAGGGACAGUAGUCAAUGUCCCAGAGAAGGGAGCUCGGAAGCAUCCUAGAGGUGACAAUAUUCAGAUCGACACAAAGGAUAUUCUCUUUAUAUGUGGUGGUGCCUUUAAUGACUUGGAGAAAACAAUAUCAGAAAGGCAUCAAGAUUCUUCUAUUGGGUUUGGUGCACCGGUGCGUGCAAACAUGAGGACUGGUGGUGUAAUGAAUGCUGCUGUGACGUCGUCUCUGUUGAAAACUGUCGAAAGUAGUGAUCUUAUUGCCUACGGUUUGAUACCUGAAUUUGUUGGACGAUUUCCUAUCCUCUCUAGUUUGUCGGCUCUAACUGAAAAUCAACUUGUUCAGGUUCUAACAGAGCCAAAAAAUGCACUAGGGAAGCAGUACAAAAAGAUGUUCCAAAUGAAUGGGGUGAAACUACAUUUCACAGAAAAUGCAUUGAGAUUGAUUGCUAGGAAAGCAGUCAGCAAGAAUACUGGGGCUCGAGGUUUGCGAUCCAUAUUGGAGAAUAUUUUGAUGGACGCAAUGUAUGAGAUUCCUGAUGUGCGAACAGGCAAUGAUAUAAUAGAUGCUGUUGUAGUUGAUGAGGAGGCUGUUGGAUCUGAGGGGUGUGAAUGUGGAGCUAAAAUACUUUAUGGCAAGGGUGCAUUGGACCGCUAUCUAUCACAACAUAAAUCUAAAGAUUUAGAGACAAAUAUAGAGGGGUCUGAUGGAGAACCAGAGGUGGAACCAGAGCUUCCUUCUAUUGUGGCUUUGUAGCUAUUUACUGAGGUCUUUUCCUGGGCUUCCUUAAAUUUUUGCUUUGUAACUAUUUAAUGAAAUCUAUUCAGGGUCUUACCCAUGUACAGUGUGUAAAUUUAAUAAAUUCAAUGUGAAAUUAGGCCAAUAUUUGUUUGUGCCA